GAAAUGUCCCGGUGCCCGAGCGGUCCAGCCGUUUCCCUCUGAUCUCCGUGACGAGCGCAGGUGACGACACAGAGAUGAAAGGGAGACGCGCGUCAUAGAGCUCGCGCCCUCUGACCGAGCUGGUCGGAGCGGGAUCGCCAUGUCGAGGAGGCGCUGCGUGCUGCACUGCGAGGGGCAGCCGUCCAUGCACCGCCUUCCGAAGGACGAGUCCCUGAAGAAUCAGUGGAUAAAGUUCAUUUUCAACACCGUUCCUCAGGACUACAGCCCCAACCUGUUGCUGUGCUCCAAUCACUUCAGGGAGGACUGCUUCCUCAACCGGCAGCAGUAUAACUCGGGAUUUGCGCAACGUUUAGUCCUUAAAGACGAUGCGACUCCGACUCUGUUCGGGCCCGGAGAUCCGCAGCCGCAGCCUGACGCCGCCUGUCGAAUCUUUCCUUCUGUGAGACACGCCGCCUCCCAGACCGACCCCCCCGAGACCAGAUCGGUCGGCACGCAGCUGAUCAUGAAGGCUCCCGUCCGGAGUACAGCCACCCAGGCGACGGCGCCCAGAAGAAACCGCGGCGUCUGCACCCCCACCUUCCCCCUGGACAGCCCGUUACUGUUCCUGCAACCAACGGUGGUGAAGAGACGUCGACUUAAAGAGGAGCAGGAGGAGGAGGAGGCCCCUUUAGAGCGGGCCGAAGGAGGCUCAGGAGGAGCCGCAGGACUCGACGUGACUCUGUCGCCCUCGUGGGUCAGCAGCUGAUCAAGAAGGCCGCUGAGGUCUGGGACAUGUGAUCCACACGGCUCCAGGACAGAGACGACGACCUUCAGCGAGGCGCCGUGCCGUCCGCUGCUCCAGCAGGACUGUUAAUGAUAGAAAACUUUUAGUGUUGAGGCGGGUCAGAUCAGCGUUAGCGGGUUUACAGACCUGAAACCGCAGAAAACAAAGGACAGGAUGGUAAAAUACUUCUCAGGCUGCGGGUUCUGCUCUUGGCUUUAAGAAGGGGGAGGUGGUUUGUUAUUGUCUGCCUUCACCUUUUGAACCAACAGUUCAGGCUCCGCCCACACUCCACGUCGUCGCUUUAAACCUCAGAGCUUCUGCUGCGUUUCCUCCCGUCCACACUAAAACGUUGAGGCCUGAAAACGCUGCUGACCCCGUUUUGGCGUGUUCGCGCUGACAGGAGGAAACGGUGACGCUCAUGCAAACCGGAAACACGAUGCUGCUGGCACGGUUUUGGUUUUGGUUCUAAAAUACUUCGUACUGUGUAAAUAACACUUCUACACUUGUACUCUGCAUUGUUUCCCGCCGCCGCCGCAGUAACCGUUCCACCACGCAGAGAAAUCUCCGCUGUGGUUCUUCAGCGUCGCUGCUCUUCCUGCGUUCAGAACAGACCACCUGCUUGCUGGUUACACCGGCUCGCACGUGCUCAGUGCACCUGAACGGCCACUAGAUGUGUGUUCAGUCAUUUUCAUAAACACGGAUCAUCACCUCGCAUACAGUUUUAAAACCAAUACGAUCUCCGUCUACAUUAAAAUGACUUAAAACUCACAUCUGGUGGCCGUUAAACAUGAAGCAGACGGUCUGUUCUGUAGUUUCAGACGAUUUGGUGAAAGAAUAAAGUUCACGGACCGAUAACGAGCAGGGACCGUUACUGAACGGAACACGGGAGCACAAAGAGACGGUGGCGGCGGGAAACUGACCGGGAGCCGUUGCAAAGUAAAUACGGCGAAGUGUCGGCUGUAAGUGUUGUUUACACGGUGCAAAAUAUUGUAAUAAACUCUGUCAGCAGCGUCGUGUUUCUGCUUUGCAUGACCUUUGAGAGCCAAACGCGAGCGUCCGCGUCAUCGUUUCUAAAGUCCUCCGUUUUUGCCCGGCUGCACUAAAACGCUACUCAGAGUUUCAAAACUAAAAACGGGGUCGGCAGCGUUUUCAAACUUCUCCGUUCUGGACGGGAGCUGCAAAACGUCUCGUGGGCGGGGCCUGAGGCUCUGAACACCUGGAACGGGGCCUAACAGUAACAGCUGAAAGGUUCCACUCGCUGCUCGUGCUUACAGUUUGCAGACGCUGUAAACUUAGACGCCCUUACAGACAGGAAGCGGGGGCUUUGAACACGUCCACAAGUGCCGCAUAAGGGCCGACUGAAGGGCCCCCGAGCGACGCAGCAGAGCCUCAGCUGCUGCAGGCGAACCGUUAAUGUUCUGUCAUGUUCAGUGUUCAGCUCCUCGUCUGAAGGUCGUACAUCAAGUUCACUUCUACAGAAACGUUGUUUAAAGGUUCAGUCUGUUAAAUACACGCACGGCGUGGAGAGAAAAGUCCGUGAGCUCCUUUAAAGCUUCUACAGGAGACUCUCUCCAGAGUUUAGCUGACUUUAUUUUCUUUAACCUGUUUUACUCUCUGCGUUGUGUAAUGUGGUUAUGAAAAUAAAGAACGUCUUCAUCAUCCAGUGUGUCGGCUCUCGCCGCUGCGUGAAGCUUCACCUGCGUUAAACGUGUUGCACUAUCGACCAGCAUCUGGCCCUGCAUCGCCCUCGUGCUCUGGACGGCGAGCAUCAAAGGUCGUGGCCGACAUUUACUCAAGUACUGUAGCUAAGUACAAACAGGUGGCGUUUGAUUUUCACGCCACUUUCAGAGAGAGUUCUUGUACUUGAGUUUCUUUACAAAGUCAUAUUUCUACAUAUGUUUAUAAAAUAAAACAGUUUGUACAAGCUGACACGAUCAGCUGAUUCACUGUCCGACCAGCUACUUUGAUCAUAAAGUCAUUUUUCUUUA